GCUGCUGCUCCAACUGCAUCAGCUAUAAUUGCCCCCAAGUUUGGUAUUGGUUUAAAAAAACAAUACUGGGAGGGUGGGUUAAAGAAUGAUGUUUGUAAGAUCUGCCAGCUUUGUGUUGGCCUUAUUUUGCCUUUGUGAAUUAUUCAGUUAUUCAAGGCUGCUGUAGUGCUGUAUUUAAUAAGUUUUAAAUGACAUUGAAUCCGUUAAUGUGAUGGAGGAGCAGGGCUGGGGGGACUAAUAAUUAAUCCGCAGGGGGAAGAGCAGAAGAGAAGCUAUUGCCGUGGAUGGAACAGCUUGUGUGGUGUGAGCAGCCAGGAAGGUGGCCCUCAGAUCACCGAGGAGAUCUGGAUUUUAUGGCUUACUAUUUCUGCCUUGUCUUAAUUAAUUCUAAUCUCAGCUAAUUCUUAACAAGCAGCACGUGGAAAAGUUCUUGUUUCAGGUUCUCCUUAAGACAGGCCUGAAUUGGGGCAUCCUGUGAGCAUCCUGCCGCUGCUGAGCCCAGUUCUGCUUACCUGGUGGAAUGAGACUUGGCUGCGGGCUGGUAAUUGCCUCUUAUAUAAUUCCCGUGCUGGAAAUGGAAGCUGCAGCUUUCCCUUUUCCUCCUUACUCUGUAAGGGUGGUGAAUGGCUGCUAACUGUGUGUUAAACCACUCAUUAGGAGGCUAGGGCAUGGUACUGGUGGGUAGGUGAUGUUGGGUUGCAAACGCGAAGGCACAAGGAGCUCAGCAGGUGUCUGUAGCUCAAACAGAGCCAGACAGAGCCUUAAACUGUCCCACAGCUGUUAGAGCCCACAGACCAUCAGCCUCAAAGUCAGCGCAGACAAGAAAGCGGUGACCAUUUGCUGCCUGCAAAAGUGCUCCUUUGCAACUGCAAAUCUGACGCCGUCUUCCUCCUCCUGCCUUGGAGAGCGCUUCUGAGCAAUGCCAAACAGUGCAGGUUGGCUGCCCCCGCAGCACUCUGAAGGCUGGAAAGUGUUGUGUGCUCCUUGUGGGGGUCUUGGAGGUCUGUAAGCACAUCUUGAUGGCAAGGCUUAGCACUAAUGGAGCAAAAGGAGCUCCUAAGAGCAGCACAGGGGAGAAGAAAGGAUGCCUUCACCUGGGUGUCCCUGGUGGUGGGGAGAAGGGAGGGCAUCCGUCUGUCUUCCCCCUGGCCAGGCACACAUGAGACCCGACAGGAGCAGCAUUCUGCCUGCCUGGCACUGGAGGACAUAUCCUUGACACGAGGUACCUUAGCACUUUGUUUCAUUCUGAGGCUUCCAGCUAAUUACAUGGGCCAGGUUGUGUGUGAGUUGCAAUUACCUUGACUGAUGGACAACAAUCAGCUUUAACACACGUCUUCCAUGUGUUGGAGACGCUUAAUUGCUUACUGUUUUUUGACAAAGAUGUUGCUGCUUUCCUAAUUGGGUUUCCCCUGCCUUCUGCAAGCACCUUCAUGCAACCCACAGCCACUCCAGCAGGAGCGUGCAGCCUUUCACCUCCCCAUGCACUGACAAUGGAUGGAGUCAGCACUCUCCAGCAGCUUUGCUAAUGGCACCUUGCUCACAUCACUCUGCAGUGAUGGUAAAUGCUCAUGGUGCUCCUAUGCGUAUGUACAUAUGCACAGAAUAUUAAAUGCUUCUAAUUGAGCUGAAGAUGUUGACUUUGAGAAUACCUUUUAUCAAGAAGCUUAGCAGAGCCACUCGCUCACAGUGAGCGGUGCUGUCCUGUCUGUGCAGUGUGCUCUGCAGUGCUGCUGGAUGUGUUCGGUGUAAAAAGUAUCAUCAGCAAAACUAUUGUUGGAGCUAAUUGCUAACUGGAUGGCUGUGUGUUUGCAGAAUUUUUUGGCCAUGCUGUCGCUGGUUGCUCGUUAGAAAAGCACUCGUGAAAGGAUGAUGCUGGCAGUGCUGUGUUUGUGAAUGGCGGAGCUGGGAUUAAUAGCACCAACGUUCUAAAGCAGAUACAAAGCAGCCAUAAAUCCACUGCAAACACCGAGUGCAUGCAGAGCAGGUGUUGUAAAGUUCCGGAUGAUGCUUGGAAGUGUUUUGCUAAUAAACCAUUUUUAUGGUGGUGCGAUGAGGUGUGUCUGCAGGGUGGUUCUCAUCUGAGCAGCUCCUUUGCCUGCAGCGAUGCCGUGUGGUCAGGGUGGGCGGUGAUGUAUGGCAGCGUUGUCAGUCCCAGCACGUCUUUCUUAAUUUAUUUUCAUUAGAUGGAUGCCCUUACUGUGGGACAGAUGUAACCCAUCUGUAAAGCAAUCUCUGUGUUUGUACACGGGUGGAUGCAGCGCUCCUCCCUCUGUAGCUCUGCAUCUCUGGUUACAGUGCCACGGGUGGAACCAGGGCUCACUGCUGCUUCCUGCACUGGCUGCCCCAGCUCAGCACGGUGCUCAGUGAGGCUUCAAGGCCAGCUCAGGCUGCUUCAGUGCUGCCCCUGGCCUUCCUAGUGCUGCAUCUGAACUAUGGAGGCAUCUAAGGUUUCCCAAUAAAUGAACCCUCUGAGUGAGUGUUCAUCGAGCACAGACUUACUUAGGCUUCUUGAAUCAUAGAAUCACAAGGUUGGAAACGACCUAUAAGAUCAUCUGGUCCAACCGUCUCCUCAUCACCGUUGCCACCACCAGCACUAAACCACAUCACACAGCACGUCAUCCAGAUGCCUCUUGAACUCUGCCAGGGACAGUGACUCCACCACUUCCCUGGGCAGCCAUUGCAGUGCCUGACCACUGAGAGAAAAAGUUCUUCCUCAUGUCUGAAGUUCUUCCUUAUGUCUAAAUGGAGCAAAAGAUUUUUUUUUUUUGAAUGCAAAAUGUUUCAUUCUGAAUGUAUUUCCCUGGAGUAAAUAACUGCAUUCUCUUGCAGGUUUUGCUAAGGAUUAUUAUUGUUUUCGGUAAAAGCUCUAUCCGAAUCUUGAGCCUACAGCUGAACCUCUGCCUGUCUGCAGAGCAGCUCGGGGCUUCCAGCCUUGGGAUGCCCCCUGGCACUGAGCACUGCAGCUGUGCAGCUGUGGGAUGCAGUGCUGGUUGGGCACGGAGCCACGCUGACCCAAGGCGUGAGAACAUUCUGCUCUCAGUUUAAAGCUGAAAGCGUAUUUAUGCUCAUGUAAGAUCUGAUAGUUGCAUUUGUGGAACAGAGUGGGAGGAGAGGUGGGUGACCAUGGAUUGCUCUGUCCUAUUCAGCUGCAGCGCUUGUUUGGGACUUGUGCUUUUGCCGUGCAAGUGGGUGAGAGUCACGCAGAGCCAAUGGAGAACAUCCUCUGCGUGGGCUGCCCUGCUGCCCCAGGGUCCCAGACAGCACUUCUUGCCAUUGGAAAACACGUGUUUUUGGAAAAAGCAAGCAUCAGUUGAGUCAUAUCCAAUUUGCUGCGAGUCAUGCUCAAAAGGUCAAGUGUGCUGGUGUGUAGCUAAGCAUCAGAAUGUCCUUGGGAUUGAGUUCACGUUCAGAAUGAUUCUGAAAGGCCUUUGGUUUUUGUGGUCUUUUUGCUUGUAAAUAGAAUUUCUGCACAUGUUGAUUGUUUUGGAGAUGCUUUGUAAUGAAGGAGUUCUGAAUUGGGCUCUGAAAGCUUCCAGUUCGCUUUGCUUUUCCCCAGAAUAGCAAACUUGAUUGCAUCCUUCCUGUUUGUUCCUUUGUACUCUGAAAUCUUCACAUUGCUGCUACAAGCCCAAUAGCUGCCUACCUUUGCGGGGGAAGAAGAAUUGGGCUUGUUGAUGUUUCACAGCAAUUUACUUAAAAUAGGGAAGAAAAAAAAAAGCCAACUCCUACUUCUGCAAAGCCAGAAGCUGCUUUGGAAAAAAGGGGUAAGCAGCAAAAGAAUUUCUUCUAGCAACAGGAACAGAUGUACAAAGUGGUGUUGGAAGAGAGUGCUUUUCUUCUUGUGCCGUGUGUGCCAAUGCAGAUCUGUCCAUUCCUUGACAUGGUUGGGGGGGGGGAUGCUGAUGUGAGGUGGGUUCCAAAGGUUAAGCAGUCUCAUCAGCAAGAGCUGUGGUGUCCAGUUGGGAUAUCUGUAACUUGUGAUUUGUGGGGUUGAAGAACCACAUUUAUGGCUGUAAUUCAGCUGGUUCAGAACUCAUUACUGUGUAGGGUGAUGCUGUGAGGGGAGGAUGGCAAAUGGGAUUCUGAGUGCAGGCACAGAGCUGCUCCUCCAUCUGAACUUCAGCACAGGUCUCUCUCUGCACGUGUGAGUUGCACGGCCCUUGUUCCUGUCCACGUGGGGUGACUUCUUCCCUUCCUGCAGCUGCAUGCUGCAGCUCCAUGUGAUGGGCUGGGCACAGCUGCUUGUCCCCAUGCUGGGUGCUUGGGGGGCUGCAGGUCACUGUGGGAGAGCAGAAUCCCAGAAGGAUGCAGGCUGUCCUUGCCCUGGUAAGGAGAAGGCAGCACAUGAAGCAAAGCCACGGCCCCUUAGACUGGGUUGGAAUGAAACCAACUAGGAAAUGAGGUAAAAUGGUCCAUUCCCAAAGAAACACAACCAGCCAGUUGUUCACAUUGAACUGGAAUCUCAGAACUCAGCACAGCACAGAAGCAGUGGGCAGCAGUGCUGCCCCUCUCCCCAGUCAGUGGCUGUGGCAUUCCCUGAGCUGCUCCUCCCAAAGAGAGGUGUCCCCUGGAAGUGCUUCAUGUCCUCCCAGCACUCGUUCUGACCUUUCCCUUCUCUGUGUGUGUGUGUUAGCUGUUUAACAGCAAUCACCUUCAGUAUUAAAUAAACCACAGUGCAGGAUGACUCGCAGCUGGAGCCGUUUGCAUGGAGCGACUUUCAGCUCGCUUUUAUAUCAUUUCUAAUUUUACUCUGCCCUCCUUUCUCAUCAGCUCUUCUGAGGAGCUGAAGUAGAAGGGAUUAGGAGGAAAAAAAAAAGGUAGCUAAAAGGCUAUCUCUCUGUUAUACCUUAUUACAUGCUACCUGCUUUCGUGGGCUGCAUUCUGGAAACCAGAACUGAAGUUACUGUGGUGCAGUACAUAGGAGCUGGAGCUGCCUUUGCCGUGAGCUUCAAUGAAAGCAGCAUCUGUGCUUUAGCUUAGGCUUCCUGUACCAGUGCUGGGCUGCCUUGUCAGCUCUGAAUAGGAAAAAUAGGAAAAAAACUAGGCUAGGGUUAAUGGCAGUCUGAACACGAGCUCUGGGACAGGUCGAGCAGGGGGGUUCACAGCUGUGGGCUGGAGACCUGUGGUCCCAAGCAUGGUACAUGUCUGGUCCUAAAAUGAGGGACCUGUGCCUGCUCCUACGGGAUAGCAUGGGAGCACUGGGAAGGUACUGGGAAAGCAAUUGCAGUCCGAGCUUCAGAAGCUUCCUGGGAACAUCGCUGUAAUGAAGUUUUGCAGUGCUUAUUGUCGUGCAGGUCAUUUCCUUUGGAAAUAGUUAAUUUUGCUGCAGCUGCUAUCAGCAGCUCUGCCUAAGCCAUUGUCUGUGCGCAGUGCUGGCAUUUGCCAUGCGAUAAAAACAGGGUGCUUUUAGCCAGUUUCUGUGACUUAAAACUUGUCUUAUUUAUCUGCUGUAAAGCACCGUGCUCCUUAACCUCUGCUUUUUGCAUGGGGAAAGAAGCAGUGAUGCAGCUUUGAAAUACGUAGGAGUGUGAACAUGAAUGCUUGGUGCUGAUAGCAAAGGUGCAGCAAAGCAGCAGGUUUGGAGUUUGCAGGAGCUCCAAGGAGAGCGAUGCACGGGGAUGCUGCAUGCACACAGGCAGGCAUGCCAAAUCCUUGCCAGAUGUCUGAGCUGUCGUUUGGAGCACGCUCUGUGCUGGAUUCUUGUAGGCACUGUCAUGAGCUGGCAGCAGAAAUGCCUGCAUCUCUCUGCUCCGUGGCUCUGUUGUUUGUGCAUGGUGCUGGGAAGGAAAGCGUGGAUCCCUGAGGUACUUCCAACUGGGGUGUCCCAGUCCCAAAAAGGUGUUGUGUGGGACGGCUGGAGCUGCAGAAUGUACUGCUGAUGGUUAUGGAAUUAUGUGACAACGUUCCAACACUCCUGAUGAGCCAGGAGCAGCGAUGGGGCAAUGUGAAAUGAUUGUGAAAACUCUUCUGAUCCCAGCUUCUGUGUUUUUCCAUUGAUUUGCAGUGAGGUUGCAUCGCUGACAGAAGCAGCAGCAGCAGCAGUGCUCUCCUGCAGCAGCCACCUUGGGGGCUGUCAGAGGAUCGGAUGGUUUUGAUGUUGCCUCGCUUCUCAAAAACAAGGAGAGCAAAGCUUUGCAUUUUAGUUCACUCCUUGAGGUUUUGCAGUAGUAAAUGCAUAAGGGGUCCCAUGAGCUUCGCACCCAGCUCAUUGCAGCUGAUACCAGGCUGAGCUGAUACCAGGAGUUCCCCUUGCACCAGGUCUGUGUGCUCCUGUCCCCUGCUGCUGAGGCGUCCCUGUGUUUAGCUCAGCUUGUGGCUGGAUGUCAUCUGCUUGUGCUCUAUGCUGUGAUGCUGUAACUGCGCUCUCCUUCCUUUCCAUUAUGGUUUGGCUGCUCCGUGACUCUGCCUUGACACUUCCCCACCAUUGAGAUGAAAGUCCUCGUGGCUGACUGCAGGCUUCCAUCAGCAAGGCAGUCUGAGGAUGUGAAUUAGCACGCUGCUGCUCAGAAACCCUGUGUAUUCUUCACAUUUUAACACUUCUUUGUAGCAAUUCUGCAUUGCAGAGCUCACAUAAGGGUGUUGGGACACGAUGCGUUGCGAGAAUCACAGCUGCUAACUGCUCUGUCUUGCACCGACUCCACCAAUCACUUAAAAUAACUUGUGCACAAAAAUCCCUCUUGUGCUCAGAUGCUGAUCUGCUGGGAAAGGCCAACUGCUGCUGCAUGGGCAUGGCUUGGGCAGAACAUGUGAGCAUGCAGUGCACAGGUCGGCACCAGGACGAGGGCAUCCCACCUAUCCAUGCAGGCAGCACUGCCCCUCACUAUGCUUUACAGGUGUAAAGAGAGGACCUCACCUGUGUGUUCUGGUGUUGGAUCCCACGCUUCCUUCCAAAGCCUGAAUGCACAGACUGGUGAAAUGGUUCUGUGGCACUUUGUUAAUCUGUGCGGUAACGGUGCAGUACUCGAUAGUUUAGGAAGAGGCAUUGCAAUGCCUCCGUGAGCAGCAGCCAGAUCUAGGAGUUAUUUGUGCCGUUAGGGAGGGGUUUAAUAGCUUAAUCCAUCUGGAAAGCAAGGGGAUUGAUUGGACUGUACGAUGAAUGGGCUGAUAAUUAGCACAGCAGUCCCUCUGAACCACGCACCUCGGUAAGGCAGUGCGGCACACAGCAGGCGCUGAGCUGGAGUUCUUAGCAGUGCACUAUGGCACGUUUACUGGAAGAAAAAAGGCACCUUGGCAGUGCUCUGAUGGGUGAGUGCUGUUUCAGGUUCAGGAAAGCGGCCUGGCCAAGGCACACAGAGCAGUUGUGCAAAGAAAUGCCCCUGAGUGCAUUGCUGGCAGUGCGGGUGGGUGCCAGCCUGCCAUCCUCAGCACUCAUCUGUUUCCUUGGUGUGCACUUCAGAUUGCAAUUACACUUUGGAGCUGCAGUUGAUUUUCAGUUAGUACGGGCUGAUAAACGCCCUUCAAAGCGUGCAGUGUCUGCAGGGUUUGAGAAGGAAGACCUGUGCUUGCUGUAUGGGGUGAGAAACACGAGUAUAUUUGGAUGCUUUGGGAUUGUGCUGCGGAUUUUUGUGCCAACAGCACCCCCAAAAAAGCACGAUCAAAAAAGCACUGCCACCACCACUGACAAACAGAGCCCUAUAAUGAGUGCAUCUGACGCUGAAAUGAGAUGCAAAUCUCCAUUUCUACCAGAGGGUCACUUGGGUGUCUGUAGGUGCUGUGCCUUUUUCAAGAGCUGCUGCACAGCAGUAGGCGUUUCUCCUGGUGCUUCAUGGGUGUGUGGGUAUGGAUGAAGCUCUGUAAGGUUCUCGGUGCACUGGGAAGCUGUGGGGUGGCCUUGUGGCUGCAGUUUCUGUAUGCUAGAUCCUUCCUGCCCAGCAAUCCAGUGAGGAUUAUACAGCAGAUCUGUGUUGAAGAGCCAGUGGAGGGGCAGAGCCGUUAGAAGUUGGAGCCUUUCACCAGUAUCCCAUUUGCAGACAGAAGAAGGCUUUGGCAAAAGGUAUGGUGUGAAUAUGCGUUGCUUGGCAGCUCGGGUCAACUACAAGACUCUGAUCAUCAUCUGCGCUCUCUUCACGCUGGUGACGGUGCUGCUGUGGAACAGAUGCUCCUCGGAUGGGGCCGGCCCGUUCCCCCGCAGCCCCGGUGGCCCCGAGCGCCGCGCGGCCGCUGCCAGCAGUGGCCCCGCACGGGAUGUGGCCAAGCAGAGCGAGGAAGCAUCACCCCAGGAACAGCAGAAGGCUCCUCCCGUCGUGGGAGGCUUCAACAAAGCCCCGGGGCUGAAGUAUGAAGAGAUAGACUGUCUGAUCAACGACGAGCACACCAUCAAAGGGAGGAGGGAAGGCAGCGAGGUCUUCCUGCCGUUCAGCUGGGUAGAGAAAUACUUUGAGGUUUAUGGGAAAAUUGCUCAGUACGAUGGUUAUGACAGGUUUGAAUUCUCUCAUAGCUACUCCAAAGUAUACACACAGAGAGCACCUUACCACCCGGAUGGGGUCUUUAUGUCCUUCGAGGGCUACAACGUAGAGGUUCGAGACAGAGUGAAGUGCAUAAGUGGUGUUGAAGGUGUGCCCUUAUCCACCCAGUGGGGGCCUCAGGGCUACUUCUAUCCCAUCCAGAUCGCACAGUACGGGUUGAGUCACUACAGCAAAAACCUGACGGAGAAACCCCCGCACAUCGAGGUGUACGAAACGGCUGAGGAGAAGGACAGGGGCAGCAGGGCAGCCGAGUGGACCGUGCCCAAGGGCUGCUCCCUUUCCACAGUGCCCGAUAAAGCCAAGUUCACCAGUGUUAAACACUUUGUUGCUCCAGAGAACACCGAGGGGGUUUCCCUGCAGCUCGGGAACACCAGAGAUUUCAUUAUUUCUUUCGAUCUCAAGUUCGUAAGCAACGGGAGCAUUUCUGUGGUGCUGGAGACCACAGAGAAGAACCAGCUCUUCACCGUGCACUACGUCUCCAACACGCAGCUCAUCGCCUUCAGGGAGCGCGACAUCUUCUACGGCAUCGGGGCCCGCACCGCCUGGAGCACCGUCACGCGGGACCUGGUGACCGACCUGCGCAAGGGCGUGGGGCUGUCCAACACCAAGGCCGUCAAGCAGACCAAAAUAAUGCCUAAGAAGGUGGUGAGGCUGAUUGCGAAGGGGAGGGGAUUCCUCGACAACGUCACCAUCUCGGCCACCGCGCACAUGGCGGCUUUCUUCGCGGCGAGCAACUGGCUGGUGAGGAACCAGGACGAGCGGGGCGGCUGGCCCAUCAUGGUGACCAGGAAGCUUGGGGAAGGCUUCAGGUCCUUGGACCCGGGCUGGUACUCGGCCAUGGCGCAGGGCCAGGCCAUCUCCACGCUGGUGCGGGCCUACCUGCUGACCAAGGAGCACACCUUCCUCAGCGCUGCGCUGCGGGCCACUGCGCCCUACAAGCUGCCGUCGGAGCAGCACGGGGUGAAGGCUGUGUUCAUGAACAGGCACGACUGGUACGAGGAAUACCCCACCUCGCCCAGCUCCUUUGUGCUCAACGGCUUCAUGUACUCGCUCAUCGGGCUCUACGACCUGAAGGAGACCGCGGGGGAGAAGCUGGGCAAGGAGGCACGGCUGCUGUAUGAGCGUGGCAUGGAGUCCCUGAAGGCCAUGCUGCCUCUCUACGACACCGGAUCCGGGACCAUCUACGACCUGCGGCACUUCAUGCUGGGCACCGCUCCCAACCUGGCGCGCUGGGACUACCACACCACCCACAUCAACCAGCUCCAGCUGCUCAGCACCAUCGACGAGGCCCCGAUUUUUAAAGAGUUUGUCAGGAGGUGGAAGAGCUACCUGCGGGGCGGCAGGGCAAAGCACAACUAGAGCUGACAACCAAAGCCCUCGUGCCCGCUGGCGGCGAAGGUUCGGGCUUCUGGAGCUCGGCGAGGGGACACCUGAAAAGGUCGCAUCCUAAAUUCGUUUUGAAGAAGUGAUCCUUAAAACUGAUCUCCUAAAAUAAUUGCAUUCCAGUGUGAAAACCUUUGGGUCUGAUGGGCAGGAAUCGGGGACUUCAGCUCGCUCUCUGUAGCACUCCACCGUGACGUUACCCGCACGAAGCAAAACCCAUCUGUGCUCUGAGCUGGGGGACGAUUUUGUUUUUGCUUUUUGCAGGAAGAUAUUUACGGAAGCCAUACAGGUCUCUAAAGUCCAGCACUUGCCUGACAAGUUAGUAUGUGGCCUCUUUGGAAAUGGAGCUAUUUGUGUAUAUGUUGGAACAGCGUCGCCGGUGGUGUGGUGUAAUGCUGUAAACGUGUGUUUCCUUGUAGCCUGGGUAGUGGACAGCGUAGCUUUUUCAAGGUGUUCCUUUCUGUAUGGAUUCCCUCCCUGGGGUGACCGGCCUUUUUUAUUCUCUGUCUGGAGGUCCUGUAGCCGUAUGGCUUUGCGUCGCACCACGUAAGCACAAGUUGGUGGCUCAUGGAUGGCCCAGCGCUGCGGCUGCACCAGCCCUGACCUGGGAGCCAGGCACACGUGGGGUGCCAGCAGCGGGCAGCACUUCCCCCCCCAGCAGCUGGAGUCUCUUCUCGUGGAGCCCGAUGUUCUGUUCUGUAUUUUUUCAUCACAUCUGAGAGGUUUCUGUAAGCGUUGGCUUGGUUCUGUAUACAGACCCGUGUUGAAUUCCUGUGUGGCGUGGAGCUGGUUUUGAGUAGCGUGCAGGAAAUGUAAUUUGAGCACUGUCUUAUGGGGGUUUUCGUUUUUUAACCUGCUUUCCCAAGAUCCAGCACUUGAGAAAUGACAAUCAGCCCAUAGGGCUCUGCAGCUCCGUCUGUGCUUUAGCACUGCUCGGCCUUUGCUGCCCGACACCAGUCAUCAAACAGAACCCCAGCACUUCCACUGUGCUGGCAGCACGCAGAGGAGCAGAUGGUCUGCAUCUUGUCUUUGUGAGCCCAUACCCACACCAUGGGUCUGCCUUCACAGCGUGGAGGUUUCUGGAAGGGUUAAAGCGAUGGCAUCAUUGGAUGGCAAUGGUGUGGUUUGUAGCACAGCAAACACCAGCUCGUCAGCUCUGUGCAGGCUUGCUGGGCUUUGCUCUCCCAUCCCAUCCAGGCACGAAAGCUCCCAACACGUCCUGGCGUGCUGUGAUCAUGUAUGGCUGUGGGGCUUUUCCACUGAUCCCAUGACAUGCUGCAGGUGUCGGUGUGCUUUGGCUUAAGGUGCUCCUACAGAGGACAGAGCUGCUUCAGACUGCGGAGAGGCUGGGCACGAGGACGGCGUGCAUCUUGGCUUUUGUUUGCUUUUCUUGCUUUUUCAGUGCUUUUUUCUUGCAGAUAUUUGAAGCGACUUUGUAAUUACUUGAUCUCUGCAAACACGUGCUGUGUGAUCGUACUGGCUAAUGUGAAAAGCAGACGUCGCGGGAGAAAUCUCAAUACCAAAGUUAGCAGAGCUGAUUUUUAUUUUUAGUGUUGUUGUUUUUGUGUUUGUUUAUUUUUUUUAACAUGUGUGCACAGAGAAAACAACCCAAACGACGUGCUUCCUUCCAGCGACGGUCCUCGCUGCAAGCAGAGCAUCUCCCCCUGUGCAUCCCCUCCGGUUUUUGCCCCUUUUGGAUUUGGGGAAGCGAGAGACACUUCCAGGGCGCUGCUCUGCAGCGGUGCCGGUGCCUUACCGAGGCCACCGUGCCCUCUUUUUAUUAUUAUUUAAUGACUUUCUUCUUGUUUUUCAAUAUCGGGUUGAUAAUGGCAGUGAUGGUUGUGUUGGGCUGGGUCGGCCCCGGAGCGUUGGUGGCAACGCCGCUGCUCUGGGCGCGCCGCAUCCUUAAUAGCCGCGCUGCGUUCCUGUUGGCCGUGGCACUUGUGUCACUUCAUCCCGCCGCCCCCAGGGGCCGUGGGGCCACAGGGAUUCGGUGUGAGGGCUCCUCUUGGGGUCGUGUUUUCCAUACAGAGCUGGGAGGGGAUGGUGGGACGUGGGCACCCAUCGCUUGGCUGAAGUCAGUCGCUUUGAUCCCUGCGCUUUCCCGGUGGUCGACGUGACGAAGGUCCUGGGGACUCAGAUCAGCUCGACGUCCCCGUGAUGCUCGCUGUGCGCAGGGCCGACUGGAGGCGUGGUGCACUGCACACCAGUGACACACAAGCACAACCGUCCGCGUGUGGCCGUGCUGUUUUCUCAGCCAUUGUGCAAGACGUUCACCGAAAGCUGCUAUUUCCCUUCACCUUGUAAUUGUACUUUAUUUUUUCUACAUUUUUACAUGUGGGGUAUACACGCCAUGUGUUAAAUAUGCAAUAAAUUGUUUACAGGAUGCUCUUGUAAAGGGUGGUCCUUUGUAAAGCUGUACAGACUUUGCAGUUUAAGCACAAUGUGCACAUGUUAGUUUUAUAUACGGCGAGACGUGACUUUUUGCAGAGGGAAAGGUUCUACUAUGUUUAUAUACAAAGUAAAUGGAUCAAUGUUUGUGCUUCAUGUAAAGCUGCUUUAUAAGAUUGUAAAAUAAAUUUCUUUUUUUUUUAUCUUAAGGUAAA